AUGUACAAGAAGAAAUUUUAUUCUAGACGUGUUGUUGAUAGACGUCAUAAACGUCUACACAAAUCAAAGAACCAUAAAAAUUAUAUACAGAGUUCCAGUAGCAAUGAUGAUACUGAUUGCCCUAUUGAUGAUUUCAAAGAAUUUAAACAUUUAAUCGAUACGAGCAUUCCUUCGAUGAUAUAUAAAGAUUUCAACACCAACCAAGCUUAUGAUGAUGAUGUACAUGAUAAUACAAAUGAAUUGAAUGAUUUCGUUGAUAAUUCUACUGAUUAUUCAUCACCAUUAUAUCGUGGUUGUAAAUAUUCAACAAAAAAAUCAACUAAAAUGCUAUUAGAUUUUCUUAUAUCUCAAAUACAUUUAGACAAAAAAAAUAUUAUUGGUUUAAUAAAACUAAUAAAACUUUUACUACCAAUCCCAAAUAAAUUGCCAACGUCAUGGAAAAAGAUUAAAAAAUUAUUUGGAACAACAACUUUAUCAUUCACAACGUUUUUAUGUGCAAAUUGUCUUAAUGUAUGUAAGAUAACAAGUUUCAAUACAAAAAACUGCUCGAAUAAUAGCUGUCGAUUAUUUGAUAGAACGUUAAAAACCAGCGAAAUAGUGGAAAUUGUGCAUCUUGAUAUUCGUUCCCAAAUUAAAUUGAUAAUAAAUCGAAAUAUAAAUUUACUACAACAACAACAUAACGUUUCCCCAUCAUCUGAUGUUACGUCUGGUUCUUUUUACAGGAAGAUGGCAUCAAGUGAACAUUCUAAUACCGUGACAUUAAUUCUACAUUCUGAUGGAGCUCCCUUGGUACGCUCCACAAAGCAAUCUAUUUGGCCCUUUUUUGCUUCGAUAGUGGAGCUGCCACCUCCUGUUAGAGAUUAUCAAGCGAACAUUAUAUUAUUAUCUUUAUGGUCAUCAAAACGAAAACCAGAUGUUAAUGUGUUUUUAGAAAAAAGCAUGUAA